AUGCAUGCCAAGACAACCAAAAGGAUCCUCCUCCGCGUGACCUUCAUCGUGCUGACCUUGGGAAUUGUGACCCUGCUGUCUAGCCGAGGCGACCAAUCAGGGCUCACCACGUUCGUGAGACAAGACGAGACAGUCCGGAAAAGGACACUCGAUGUGCCCUGCAGUAAAGACUACAAAAAAUAUCAACACUUUGAAGGAUGUACGCCCAGAAGAUGCGGCCGAGGAGUCAUGGAUGGGCUGGUGACUCACGAGGAGGCCAAACAGCUCCAGAGGAUAGCAAAGAGAGGCCUGGCACUGGGCGGGUCCAACGGAGGGGCGUCUAUCUUGGACCUUCAUUCGGGAGCUCUGUCAAAGGGAGACAGUUUCAUCAACCUUUAUGAGUUGAUGAAGAGAAGCAACCACAAGAUUGUUUUUUCUGAAGAUGACUUCAGUCUCUACAGGAAGGUAAAGAACAGGAUCCGAUCGGCGAUUGCUGCGGAGUUUGGAAUCGAGCAGGACAGACUCCACCUCACACACCCCACGUUCUUCUCUCGCAUGACGACCAAGCCAGCAAAAACUGUACACGACGAGUACUGGCAUCCUCACAUUGACAAGGAGACCUACGGUUCGUUUGACUACACCUCCCUGCUGUAUCUGUCCGACUACGGCAGUGACUUUACAGGGGGGAGGUUUGUGUUUGUGGAUAAGGAAGCCAACAGCACCGUGGAGCCCAGGACAGGGAGGGUUUCCUUCUUCACCUCGGGUUCGGAAAACCUCCACUUUGUUGAGAAACUUGCGUCGGGGACGAGGUUUGCCAUCACCGUGUCUUUUUCGUGCGACAAGAAACACGCCAUAGAUGAUCCACACAUUAAGUCGUGACACUACGGAGAACAAUCGUUCACCGAUGAGUCAUGAAUAUGGAAUCUGACAUCUUUUGCGCUGCAUUCCUACCUUUCAAAGACAAAACAAGGAAUAGUUCUAAGAUCCGCACGUUAAGUUGUGACGCAACGCAGAACAAUCGUUCACUGAUGAGUAGAGUGAACUCAUCAAUCUGGAAUCUGACAUCUUUCUUUGCUGCAAUCCUUUCUUUCCAAGACAAACCAAGGAAAAGUUCUCUCUAAGAACCGCACGUUAAGUCCUGAUACUAUGCAGAACUAUCGUUCACUAAUGAGUAGAGUUGGAACCAUUCCUGAGCUGACUGAUGUCUUUUGCACUGCAAUCCUUCCUUUCUAAGACAAACCAAAGAACAGUUCUCUC